UCGGGGACCUCUUCUUCUUUUCCCCUGUACAUUCCCCCCUCUUGGGACAGGCAGAGCCCCCAGACCCCAAGCCACUCGCAUCCCUUAACGCGAUCUCCUCUAAUUGGUCUUCAGGGGCUCGAACCUCCGAAUCCACCUACUGACGGGAUCGGUGGCAGGCGGCGCUUGUAGGUUGCGGUGUGUCACUCGCUCCCCGCCUCCUAUAACGCACAAAGCGGAGCAGCGAAGAACUUGCCGCGCCUGCCGCGGGGUUUGAAAGGAUCCAAGGAGCAGUUGUUACAGCCACCGGGAGACCGGGAGCCACCAUGCCGCCUAUUAAAGUCUGCAUCGUCGGAUCCGGGAACUGGGGAUCUGCUAUUGCAAAAAUCAUUGGCAAAAAUAUCCAGAAAUCCAACAGAUUUGAUCCAGUAAUAAAAAUGUGGGUGUUUGAAGAAUUAAUCAAUGGGAGGAAACUCACGGAGAUAAUUAACCAAGAACAUGAAAAUGUGAAGUAUCUUCCAGGUCAUAAAUUGCCUCCUAAUGUGGUUGCUGUACCAGAUCCAGUAGAAGCAGCAUCUGGGGCAGAUAUUCUAAUAUUUGUUAUACCCCACCAGUUCAUUCCGAAAAUAUGUGACCAGCUUGUUGGCAAAGUAAAAUCAGGAACCAUCGGGAUUUCACUAAUCAAGGGAGUAGAUGAGAGUCCUGAAGGCUUGAAACUCAUCUCAGACAUCAUUCGAGAAAAACUGAAGAUAGAAGUCAGCGUGCUCAUGGGAGCCAACAUAGCUAAUGAAGUGGCAGAGGAAAAGUUCUGUGAAACCACCAUUGGCUGCAAGAAUCCAAAUAGUGGGAAGAUCUUCAAAGAAUUAAUGCAAACCCCGAAUUUCAGAGUUUCUGUAGUGGAUGACUGUGACACAGUGGAGAUCUGUGGAGCCUUAAAAAACAUUGUGGCAGUAGGAGCUGGAUUUUGUGACGGGCUGGGCUUCGGUGAUAACACCAAAGCAGCUGUGAUUCGUUUGGGUCUCAUGGAAAUGAUUGCUUUUUCAAAACUCUUCUGCAAGGGCUCUGUAGCAAUAAAUACAUUUCUGGAAAGUUGUGGCAUUGCUGAUCUGAUCACCACAUGCUAUGGUGGACGCAACAGGAAAGUGGCAGAAGCCUUUGCCCGUGGAGGAAAAACACUUGAGGAACUAGAAAAAGAGCUGCUGAAUGGACAAAAGCUUCAAGGACCCUUGACAUCAGCUGAAGUUUACAAGAUCUUGAAGCAGAAGAACAUAGUUAACAAGUUUCCGUUAUUUGUCAGUGUCUACCAGAUCUGCUAUGAGGGAAAAUCUGUCAAAGAUUUCAUCACUUGUCUGCAGAAUCAUCCAGAACAUGUGUAAGGCACUGUAGCUCAUCCUUCCAGGCAUCCCCUCUGCAAGGCUCCUGUCAUCUUGAUCGUGAUGAAUUAAAGCACGCAAGGCAAGAGAAUUUGUAGCUAACGUUUAUUACCUUUACACAAGUCACCACAAAAACUGUUUUUAUAUCUGCCUCCCUUAGGCAUGAAGCCUUUUGAGCCCAUAUACAUUCAUGGCAGAUAUGCAGGAGGCAUAUAUGACAUUCUACAGCCUUCUGAAGUGGUAUAUUUAAUCGCUGAACUGCUCUUAGAGGCUACUCAUUUCUUAAGGUUCAAUCAACCACUAUGGUACUUGAAGUCUGCAACCAAAACUGAUUAGCUGGGUUAGUUCAGACCAGUAUGCAAAAUUCAAUCCAUCCCUCUUGACUUCUUGGUUUCUUUGUAAUUGUCCCAUUGCCACACCAUAGAACUAUAAGCCACAACUCUUCAAGUUACAGCAACCCAACCAGGUCUCCAACCCAUGUUUCCUUUGACUAUCUUCUUUUUUUGCCAGUACUGCUCUCCUGCCUCAUAUGAGGUUUUGCCACAUUCCUGUUUUUUCUUAUUUGCUUCCUUUUUUCAGUUACAUGACUCUAAUGCCUGUUCUUUCCUUAUUUCUUCAAUAACUGUUCAUUGUGGAUAUUUCCAUGUGCGUUAUUAUUCCCCAAGUUCGAUGCUCUUCGCAAGUCAAUUUCUUUCCUUGUUUCCCACAACAAUGUGGUGCAAUUUCCAAGGUUUCCCCAACUUUUCUCCAAAGGAUUUGGAAAGAUAAAAGCAAAGCCUAGGUGGCUAUUGUGUAGGUGGGAAAGUUUGGGUGUUCCUCACCCCCCGUACCCAUUUUCACCACAAUAGUCACUUUUCCCCAUCGCAGUGUCUUUAUAUGUAUAUCAGGUUUCCUGAAUUCUCAAUUUUUAUUUUUAAAAAAAGUCUAUAGCCCCUUUUAUUGCAGAGAUGUAAGAAAAAGUGCAUAUCUCUACAAGGCAAGGGGCUAGAAACUUGCCUAGGCAGCAAAUUCUUGUCUAAAAAUUCAAUAUACUUUGUAUACAAUUGUAGCUAUCCUACAAAUAGUGUCUUUUUGAAUUUUCAGCAUACUAAGAUUUCCAGCUUUAACAUAUGUGCUAAAAGUAGGUGUAUAUACUCGUACAUACUGCAGGUAUACAAGAACUCAAGGAUACAUUUAUAUCCUCUGUUCAUUCUGUACACUUCACUGAAAUUUAUGGGAGUUCCUUGUAACCUCAUAUGGUAGCCAAGGUGCUAAUUUUACAAGUUUGAGGAAACUCUUUGAAUUGUUCUUAAAUAAAAAUGUUCACAUUACAUUUGUAAAAGCUCUGUAAAUGACAAGAUUCACAAGUUUUGCUUUCUGCUGAGGAAUAUAUAGUAUAACCCACAAACCACUUAGUCUACCACAUUUGCAUUUAAGAAUUCUGAGUGCGUGUGCAUACAGUAUUUCAGCCAGUAAAAGGGAUAUGGCUGAUUUAAGAGGUUUCCGGUUCAUGAACUUAUACUACUCAAUGAAUGCAGUUGUUGGAGUGUUUUGCUAGGAUCGAGACCCAGAUUCUUACUUGCACUCUGCCAUGGAAACCAGGUGACCUUUGGCCAGUCACUCUCUCAGUGUCUAAUCCUACCUCAGAGUGUUGUUGCGAAGAUAAAACGGAGGGGAGAAUGAUGUUGUAAGCCACAUUGGCGUCCCAUUGGGACAAAAAGUGAGGUAUAAAUACCUAAAAAACAAAAAUUUACAUUGCAGAAGUAAUAGCUUGAGCUUAAUGCUAAAUGGACUAGCAUAUGUGACAAAUGAUAGGGGCAUAACAGAGGUACUCCAGCAUACCAUUCAAAAGUGACAUUGCCCAUGAUGCUGCCUUAUACUGAAUCAAACCAUUUGCCCAUCAAGGUCAGCAAUUUCUACUCAGCCUAACAGCAGCUCUCCAGGGUGUCAGGCAGAGUUCUUUCACAUCCCCUCACACUUCGAUGUGCCAGAGAUUGAACCUAGGAUCUUUUGCAUGCCAGACAGAUGCUUUACCGCUAAGACAUGGCCCUUCCCCUUAUGAUAGUGAUGCCAACAAAUAUUCUUUCAAAUGUCUAUACACCUGAAUGAAAAGUGUAAAUCUAUGAAGGGGUUAAAAAGAACAUGUGGAAGCUUAAGUCAAAUGAGACUGAAGUGAAACCGGUGAGUAAGGCUGGACCCUUGGAGAAAGCUGUGCCGCCUACUCGUUAUUCUUGUUUGACUCAGUGGUACUGUUGGACCUGGCUCUUUGACAGCAGGUUGGGGGCAGUAGCAACAAGUGCCUUCAUUCAGUUCCAUCUAGUUCAGAAGUUGGCUCCCUUCCUGGACCCAGCUGUUCUAGUCCCACCUAUCACUGCAACAAUAGCCUCAAUACUGGAUUAUUGUAAUACAUGAUACAGUACUACCCUUGCAGGCAAAUGCAAGAUGUGGCAGCCUAUGUAUGAGCUGGCAGCUGUGCAUGUAUUGGGCCCAUUUUGGAAAAAGAAAAUUUGCUGUCAGUACACUGAACAACCAGUAGCUUUUAAAGCCGUUUGUGAUCUUAGGGCCCACGUACUGCAGGACCGCCUCUCCCAGUAUUAAUUUCUGUAGCAGCUUCAUUCCUUAGACCAAAGUCCAUUGGUUAUCCCAUUGUCAGGCCAGGCGCUGCUAGAAUGACAGCAGUCUUUCUCUCUGGCUGCUUAUCAUUUGUUGAAUGGUCUUCCUGAGGAUGUUAAAAGAGAACCCCACUUUAAGAUUCUGCAGGGUGGAAUUAUUCAGGAUAUUGACACCCAAAUAUUUCCAAAGUCUUGCAUAGCUGUA